AUGCAGCUCCCACCCACUUCCGUCAUUGAGAGCUGGCCAACGCCGAACUAUGUUAACCCGGAAACGAGAGGCCGAUUGGGGAUGAUCGUCGGCCUCUUACUCGCUGUGAUGGUUACGAUCACUUUGGCGAUUCGCUUGUACGCACGGAAAUGGCUGACCCAAAGGUUUGGGCUUGACGAUGUCUUCAUAAUGCUUGCAUACCUUCCGGCCACGACAUACACAAUUAUCGGUGUUAUUACAGAGGAGAAAUUCCAAUGGAACCGACAUACUUGGGACCUCGAACCAGAAUUAUUCGUCCCGGGCUUGCAGUUGAUACUCGCCAACCAGAUACUAUUCAAUUUAGCCACUAGUUUAACGAAAUUGUCGAUACUCUCGCUUCUGUAUCGGCUCACAUCUGCCUCGGGAGAUCGAAAGAUGACCAUUGCUGUGUUAGUAUCAAUAGCAGUGGUUAGCCUUAAUUGCUUCGUUUUUAUCCUGGUCAGCAUAUACCAAUGCACACCUUUAUCGGAAUUUUGGGAGCUCUCGUCGAAGCCACAAAAUUGUAUCGAUCAGGAUGCCCAUCUCAGGGCGAUCAACCUUAUCAAUACUCUCACCGACUGGCUCGUCGUGCUCCUUCCCCUUAAGACGGCGCUUGGAUUAAAUUUGCCUGCUAGGAAAAUUGGCAUAAUCAUCUUCCUCUUCGGUCUCGGCGUCCUUGCGAGUUCAGCAGGGAUUGCAAGAUGUUAUUUCGCAUGGAUGUUAACCACCAGCUUCGACUCCGUCUGGGAUAAUUGGUCGUCGUGGUUUUGCAGCGCCCUUGAGUUAAAUAUUGGUAUAAUAUGCGCCUCGAUUCCAGCAACAAAGCUUUUCUUUUCGAGAUAUUUCCCAAGUGUAUUUGAGACUACGUUUAGACAGCGUAGCUCCAUGGCUAUAGACUGGAACAUAAAGCUAGUGACGCAGUCACCAUCUUUGCCUACCUUCAUCGACCGGUCGUCUUCAUCAUCGACCUUCCUUCCGCAGCACCCACCGCCGCCACUCUCCUAUCCUCAACGUGCCAACCUCAAUAAACCAUUACCACCUAUCGUAUCUGACCGACACGUCGAUCUGGAGGCGCAAACGGUCCCCGAGAAUGAAUUUAGUUCAUAUCCCCGCCCCCUGAAAACGUCAUUACCCCAGCGGGCUGGUGUAAGGUUCAGUCCUUGUAGGAAUCUGCCACCGAGCAAUUCAGAAUCACAAGAUCGAACCACCAUCUUAAUCAUGUAUCGAGCCGAUAACGAGUCGGUGCCUAUGCAUCAAUAUCCAGCCGCGCCUCAUUAG